AAAAUGAUCCAGAAAAACGGAUGGACGGCGUGGAUAUAGAAUACAUACAUCAAGGUGGGUCCCACGGUAAGGCCCACACCAUCUUGGGUGAGGCCGGGGCCGCACCUAAUCCUCUCCCGCCCCAAGGUACGUAUUCCCAGGCACACCGAGAGCUCGGUCAGAUACACAGAGGAGCUCUCUCUCUCUCUCUCUCUCUCUCUCUCUCUGCGUUUACAGAUCUAAGACAGCAGAGCGAUGAGAGAUUGUAGCUGAGAUUUCGUCAUCGGACGGCGUUCUUGCUAUCCAAACUCCAUUUCUAUCUAAGAUUGUUUUUGAGUUGGAACUUAGGGCCGUGCACAACAACGAGAAGGAGAACUGACGCUUUCCUUUUCCGUAGACAAGAAGGCAACCUCAUCGGGCCGGAGUCCAGGUCAAUCAUUACUGCAUUUCUGGACUGAGUCUACCUUAUAAAUGAUACUCAUUAAAUCAAGGCAGGAAAGUUUACAAUGCACAAAGUAUUGUUAGUACGGAUAUGGAGAACCACAGUACAACCCUGACAGCGAUGAUGAUUUACAGCCCCCUCGAGCAUCCAUGUGGGUUUGAUGAGGUAUGGUCCAAGAGAAAAUGGAUGGAUUUGGAGAAAAAGAAUCAAACACCAUACAAGGCAAAGAAGCAUUAAGCUUGGAUGAAGUGUUGGGAAAUGAUGGCACGGACCAUUGCAUGGAAGGUGAUGGCCCAGACCAUUGCAUGGCCAUGAAGGAAGUUUCGCCUACAAAGGGAGAACAUGCUCAAACUGCAGAAGGGGGGGAUGCAACUAUUGAACCACACAAGGAUAUGGAGUUUGAAUCUGAAGCAGCUGCCUAUUAUUUCUACAACACCUACGCAAGGCGCAUGGGAUUUAGCAUUCGCACUAGUAAGUUCUACCGUUCAAAGAAAGAUGGAUCCAUUGUAAACCGAAGGUUUGUUUGUUCGAAAGAAGGUUUCCGUCGGAAAUCCGUUGCAACAAAAAUACAUAGACGGAUUACAAGGGAAAAUUGCAAGGCAAUGAUGUCAGUAAAGAAAUUAGAUUCCGGGGUUUGGCUUGUGAAGCAAUUUAUCAAGGAGCAUAGUCAUCCACUAGCGAAUCCAAGUGAAGUAUGUUUCCUUCGAUCGCACAGGCACAUACAAGAUAAUGCCAAAGACUUGAUCAGAGCUUAUAAGGGGGCUGGAGCAUCCAAUACCCAAGUCAUGAAUGUGCUUCGGAAGGAAGCCGGUGGAGAUUGCAAUGUUGGCUUCACUCGGAAAGAUUUAAGUAACUUUGUUACUAGGGAUAGGCAUAGAUCCCUUGGGAAAGAUGCACAGAUGGAACAUAGAUAUUUCAAGCAUCUACAAAAGGACCAUCCUGACUCUGUUCCAAUGAAUGAUCUCAUUAAGUGCCUAAAAGAAGAAAACACUUCAUUGAAAGCGGAUCUUAAAGCGCAAAUUACAGUUAAGGAGGCUGAGAUUUCGCGUCAAAAGGAAAUCAUUGUUGAACAGACAAUCAGACUUGAAAAGGCAGCCGAACAUGAUGCAGAGCGGGAGAAACGCAUUAAGGAACUGGAGUCCCAAUUAUUCCAAGUCACCAUGUCUCAGUCUCAACUGCUGGGUCGAGAUGCUGAAAUUGUAAAGCUAAACACCGAGCUUUCGUCCCUUAAGGAAGCCUUCACAUCCAUUCAAAAUCCUUUGAAUGCUUCCGAGAGAGAAAGGCUUGCUGUUCUGGAGAAAGAAUAUUCGAAGGCCCAGCUACUUAAAGAGAUUGGACUGCAUGAAGAAGAUCGGGUGAAGAGAAUGAAGGAGAAGUCCAAAGAACAGAAGAAACGGAUCAGUGAGCUGGAAGGCCUCCUUGUGGUGGCCCGGGAGGAGAAGGAGAUUGCGGUUCGUGAGGCCAAGGUGUCGGCCAGGGAAGCAUAUGUGAGGGAACUGGCCGUCCUUGGUAGCGAGAGGCCACGGCCUUGGGGUCAUGCGGUUGGGAUCAUUGAUCAACCUUUGAGAGAUCAGGCCCGCUUUGGCAGUGGGACUAGUGCUGGUUCAUCAAGUGGAGUUUACUUUCAGCUGCACUAGUUUAUCAUACAUCAUUGGUCCAGUUCUUCCACUCUUCUUUUAUUUAUGCGAAUCAUUCAAGUGGGAUGAUCGCUGCUGGGCGUAUUGAGGCAGAAGCAAAGCUAAUGCGGCGAUCAGCAGUUUCGGGCAUGGCCCAUGUAUGUAUAGCUCUCUCUCUCACUGUAAUGAAUUAGCUGAGGUAUCUCACUCCCUCUCUCUGUAAUGAAUUAGCUGAGGUAUCUCAUGUAAGUUGCCUUCUCAGGUGAAAUCCAUGAACAACAGUAAGAUUACUCA